AUGGGCCGCUCCGCAAAGCUCAUGAAGCGUCCUACGCAAAAGCAAAAGGCCGUCUCCAAGAUGGCCAAGGCCGCUAGCAAGCCUGUCCCCCAGGCUGAGCCUGAGCGUGUGGUCGAAGAGUCUGCCGGCCCCAAGGCCAAGAAGCGCAGGAUGAUGCGUGCCAAGGCUGAGAAGAAGGAGGCCGAGAAGAAGUAA